AUGGAAAAUUGGUCAGUUGAUCAAGUUUGCAACUGGUUGAGACAGAGAAAUUUAGGAGAACUAGUUCCUAAGUUUCGUGAAGAAGAAGUAAGUGGAGCAGCUCUUCUGGCUCUUAAUGAUCGUAUGGUGCAGCAGCUGGUGAAGAAGAUUGGGCACCAGGCAGUGCUGAUGGACCUGAUUAAUAAAUACCAGCAACAAAAAAGUGGGCUAAAAUCCCUUACAUAUGGUUGUGAAACAGCUACUCAAAAAUUUCCAGAAGUAAUUAUUGGAAAAAAUCUGAAAUCAUUUUUUGCAAGAUACAAGACAUUGCAGUGGACAAGUUCUUAUGCUUUGCCAGACUUCCCUUAUGAUGUCAAGUGCAUAUUAGCAGAAAAAAAAUGCCCUGAUCACAGUAUGAGAAUAAGGAUUAUUGAAUUUUUACAAGCAGAUAUGACAAAAUACCUAGAAGGAUCACUGUAUCCAAACAGUCAGCAAUAUAACAUUGUUGUCAGUGCUCUGCUGCAGGCAUACCCCUUCCUUGAUGAAGAUGGGAAUGGCUUUUUGCUGUGGAAACGGGCCCUUAAAGAUCGUUUCAAGUAUGUGCGGAGACCCAUUGAAGAUGAUGAGCAAGUCCUGAGGAACAAAUGCAAGUUUGGCCACAGGAGAGGACAGACCAGGAAAAGUUCAUUUGCUGAAAACAAACCUGACAAUGUCCAGGUGCAGGUAGAGGAAGAACCAGUUCAUCUUGAAGGCAGUGCAAUGGAUGUACACAUUAAAUGGCUUAAGCAAGAAUAUCUGAAAACUCAGAGGAACUGGAAAGAAGUGGAUAACAGAAUGAAUGUGACAAUUGAAAUGCGGAGAAAGAUGAUCAGUGAUAAGGCACCUUUAAAAGACAUUCUUAGACUAUUUCCUUUCUUAAGAUGCCCUUAUCAGCUUUUUAGGGAGUUCCAGCUUCUCACACACAUGGACAUUUAUAAGAAAACAGUUGAGAUUUUGGAGAUUUAUUCAGAAAACAUAUUAUCUUUGUAUGCAGUGAGGAAUAAUCCAAUUAACAUCAUGCUGCAAGAAAAUCUGAAGCGUCACACAGAGGAAGACAUUCUGAAGUAUAUGAAAAAGACUGCUGCAUGUCUACUCCUGCCAGAUGUCUUUGGAGAUGAUUCCAGUCUGUUUGCUGCAGUGAAUGAAGAGGUAAAGGUGGUGACACCAGUAUUGGAAGUCAAAAAUCCCUUCCAUGUGAAUUCGUGUGAGUUUGCACUGUAUGUAGAAAGAGAAGAGCUAGCCCAGCUCGAUGACUGCACUAUGGCCCUGGCAGCGCUGGUGGCUGCAUUUCGUGUGUUCGAUAUCCCGUGCCCAAAGAGAAUCCACAGGACGCUGAACUUCCUGGAGUCCCUGGUCUUUGAGGUGAGGAGCCCAGCAUCCCUGCUCACCCAGGUAAAAAGAGAGCUGGAGGCACGUGACUAUCCCAGUAUCUGA